UUCAAUUUCAGGUUAGUUUGGCAUCUAGCGAGGACGUUUUUAAUAUUUUUGCUUCUUGGAAGUGCCAUCUCAAUAGAGCACGACUCAUUAUGUAGUCGAGAUGAUACUGAAUGCGUUGAGCCAAUACAUACAGUAAUUAGGCUUGCAAAACGGGACGAUGAAUUGGCAAGACAAAUUGCUGCUCAACAUGGAAUGGAAGUUAGGGGAGAGCCAUUCCUUGAUUCACAUUAUUUCCUUCACGACACUAAGAAACGCUCAAGGCGACAUAAACGUGAUGCUAUGACGAGGUUGAAAGAUCACCCAGCUGUUGAAUGGGCAGAAGAACAGAGGCCAAGGGCACAGCCAGACCCAGCACAAAGUGUCGUUGAACUCAAAUCACCUAAAGACAUUCCUAAAUUACCAUGGAAAGAUCCACUUUAUAGAGAGCAGUGGUAUUUGGUUGGUGGUGCAGUAGGUGGAUUUGAUAUGAAUGUACGUCAAGCUUGGCUGCUUGGUUACGCUGGUCGCAAUGUAUCAGUGUCGAUUCUCGACGAUGGUAUUCAAAAAGAUCAUGCUGACUUGUGGGCUAAUUACGAUCCGAUAGCGAGCAGAGAUAUCAAUGAUCACGAUGAUGACCCGACACCGCAAGAUAACGGCGAUAAUAAACACGGUACCCGAUGCGCCGGUGAGGUAGCAGCAAUAGCAGGAAAUGACUAUUGUGGCGUUGGUGUGGCCUUUCAUGCCAAAAUCGGUGGUGUGAGAAUGCUUGAUGGUCCUGUUAGUGAUAGUGUUGAAGCGGCUAGCUUAUCGCUCAAUCAACAUCACAUCGAUAUCUAUUCGGCCAGCUGGGGUCCUGAGGAUGAUGGGAAAACAUUCGACGGACCUGGACCGUUGGCACGCGAAGCAUUCUAUCGAGGUAUUAAACAAGGUCGUAACGGCAAAGGCAACAUCUUCGUUUGGGCAAGCGGAAACGGUGGCGCUAGACAAGACAGCUGUUCUGCAGACGGAUAUACGACAUCGGUUUAUACUUUGAGUAUCAGCUCAGCAACGUUUGAUAAUAAAAGGCCUUGUCCAAGUUUAACAUGGCGUGAUAUGCAACAUGUUGUCUUACGAACAGCCAAUGCGAAACCGUUGCUGAACAAUGCGGGUUGGUCAAUCAAUGGUGUCGGUCGUCAUAUCAGCAAUAAGUUUGGUUAUGGACUUAUGGAUGCUGGUGCUUUGGUGAAGCUGGCUAAAACUUGGGUCACCGUACCUGAACAACACAUGUGCACUUAUGAGUAUAAACUUGAAAAACCAAGUCCACGUCCUUUAACGGGUAAUUUCCGACUGAACUUUUCUUUGGAAGUGAGCGGAUGCGAAUCGGGGACUCCGGUGCUCUAUUUAGAGCAUGUUCAGGUGCUGGUCACCGUUCGUUUCGGAAAGCGUGGUGAUCUCAAAAUGACUCUCUUCUCGCCGAGGGGAACUGCAUCUGUUCUAUUACCGCCCCGUCCUCAGGAUUAUAGCACGAAUGGUUUGCAUAAAUGGCCAUUUUUAUCUGUACAAAUGUGGGGUGAAGAUCCGCGAGGAGUUUGGACAUUGAUGGUUGAAUCAGUUAGUACUGAUAAGAACAUGGGAGGAACAUUCCACGACUGGUCUUUGUUGUUGUAUGGAACAGCUGAGCCAGCACAACCGAACGAUCCGCGUUAUCCGUCCGCAUCGCCAAGCUCUGGUGGCUUUUCUGAGACGUCAAUCGGUCGUGCUACAGAACGCAUUACUUCUCAGGUGCUCUUAACAGUUCUUCCAACUGCUUAA